AGCCUCGAUGUCGUCGAUUGAAAUAUAUGCAAGUUGGUCAAGUGAAAAUGCCUAAGAAAGAAUUAUUGUGGUCACAAAUUCAAUAUAAAUAUGCAUUUUCUCAACCAGUAGAUUUCAUUUCACCUGAUACAUCAAAAACAGAUUUCAGUUCAGAACAAAUAUUUGCAUCGUUGUAUAAAAAAUAUAAUGCUAGCCGAUCAAAUGAUAAAAAAAAUGAUACUAUCAAUAAUGAUUUACCAUUUAUAUGGUCUCCAUUGGGUUGUCCACCUAGUCUAUCAUCAGCUAUAAUUAUUCCUUAUCGUAAACGAGAACAACAUUUACGAAUGAUAACAGACCAUUUACAUGGAUUUUUACGACAUCAACGAAUACCGUAUACCAUUUUUGUUAUUGAACAGACUGGUGAAAAGAAAUUUAAUCGUGGUGCUUUAUUGAAUGCCGGUUUUCUUGAGGUUGUCAAAUUCAAAGAAUAUGACUGUUUCAUUUUACACGAUGUAGACAAACUCCCAGAAGAUGAUCGAAUUCAAUAUACAUGCGGAGCUAAUCCAGUGCAUUUGUCACCUUCAUUAAGUACUUUUGAUUACAAAUUACUUUAUCAAAGGUUUUACGGAGGUGUUGUUACAUUUACUCGAGAUCAGUAUUUCAAGAUUAAUGGCUUUUCAAAUGUGUUCGAAGGUUGGGGUGGUGAAGAUGAUGAUCUUUUAGUUCGCGUUGAACAGUCUGGAUAUAAUUUAGCCAGAAUUGAUGUACAAAUUGGUCGUUAUUAUGCAUUGGGUCAUUCGGAAGAUAAAUUGAAUGAAAGGAAUCCAGAUCGUUUUCAGUUAUUGAAAACUUCAGGGAGUCGAUUUAAAAGUGAUGGACUGAACAGCUUGAAGUAUAAUGUAAAUCAAUCAAAAUCAAUGUAUGAUGGUUUAUUAUAUUGGAUUUCGAUUGAUAUACCUCCUAACAAACAGUAAUUUAAUGUACAAGUCGAAAAUAAAUGGUGAAACAUUUCUAUUAGUUUGGUUGUUUGUUUCAAACAUAUGUAAAAUAAUGCAUGAAAAUGUACUAUGAAGGUAGAAACUUUUAUAUCAAAAAAAAAAUCUUUUUUCCUUUAACCAAAGUUUCUUGAAAAAGAAAAAGGAUUACUUACUUGUCUAAUAUCGAGAUGAUUAUUUUGCAAUUGACAUUCAAUUUUUAUGAGUAACUUUCUAUGACAUCCAUCAUUCGAAAUCAUGUACAUAAUAUUGUUCAAGUUUUGUGAUAUUUCAGUGUAAUCUAUUCUUUUUUUUGAGAAUUAUUGUUGCACAUUUCUCAUUUUAUAUCUUUACAAGUUAGGGUAAAUUUCUUGUGACUAUAAUAAUUCCAGCUUAUUUCAAAUUACUAUACAUUUUUUUAAUGCUUUUAGAAACUUUUGUAUGAGGUCACUUGUUUUACAGUAUGAUUGGUUCUUGUGAUUUUAUGCAUUUCAGCAUACGACAAUUGUUAUUAGAGAGAGAGAGAGAGAGAGAGAGAGUAAUGUUAUUUUUGUCUUCAUUAGAAACUGAAAUUUUUGAAGUUUGACCAUCCAUAGAUGGUUGGUGGGAGAAUAUAAAUUAAAAUAUAUACUGUUUGGCUCUUAAAAUAGAUUGAUUACUUUUUAAGUUAACUUUAACCAACAUUUUAUAAAAUUUGUUUUGAUAUAUUUCUUUUAAGAUAAUUAAUUUAUAUAGUUUUAAUUGACAGGAUAUCAAAACGGUAAUCCAUUAUUAAUUAUCACAGAGGCUAAGUGGAAUUGCUUGUUCCUACGUUCUCUUGUGUCGAAACUAUUGAUUUUAUUGACUUUUGAAAAGUAUCGAUGUAAUUUAUUCUCUUGAAUAAACAACUAAUCAACAGG